CAACAUAAUAUUCUAUUAUUUUUUGAAGAAAAAACAAUCACCGCUCCUGGGUUUCAGUUAUUUUGCUCUCUUUAUGGACUAGUUUUAUAAAAACCGAAAGAGGAGUGAAGAGAGAGUUUUCGCAUUGGUCAGAAUCAGCUACGACUUUGAGCUUGGAAAUUAUUGGUUUUCUGGGUGCUUUUCGAAAGAGAUCCAAGGUGAAUGUGAUGUCCUCGUAAAGGUUGGUGUUUCAGGUUUCUGUUCUGUUUUCUGACAAUGUGAACAAGGAUUAUCAAGGCUUCAAGGGAAAAAGCUGUUUCUCGGACUGCAACAAACAGAUGCUACGUACAGAACAGACACGCUUUUGAGAGAGAGAGAGAGAGAGAGAGAGAAAUAAAGAGUAGGAUCAGUUUAAUUAUUUGCCAUUUUCAGGGAACUGCUUGUUUUCUCAACCUUCUUGGUUUUGGGUUAUAAAAAGGAUUUCUCUUGCCGGAGAGUGGAGGAGGGUCUAAUUGCAAUUUGUAUAAAGAUCUGCUUCAACUGGGAAAGCUUGUUCAUUAUUGUUGAGUUUACCUACUCAAAACAUCAACUUUAUCUGUGGUUACUAUUCAAUUACAGAAAGCUACUUUAGUUGGUAUUUUUUUUUUGAAGAAACCCUUUUGAGUUCACAUUUGUGUUGCUUUGUGUUUUGUGUAUGAAUUCUGACAAUAGAGAGGUAGAGCACCUAUGCAUUCAUACUGCGUAGAAGACUGUUUUGGGGGUGAAAUUUUUCAUGUAUAGAAUAUAGAUUCUCAACUUUUGGUUCUGUUAAAUGAUUGUGGCCAACUGGAAAAGGGCAUUAUUUCUUUUCUUCUGGGAUUUACUUUAGAGAAGGAAAAGAAAUAGUUAGCAGUGUUCGAGGAGGGGAUUUUAUAAAAUGGAGGAAAAUAACAAAGAAAUGCGAUCUUUGGCCUUGACUCCGACAUGGUCUGUUGCUACUGUCUUGACAAUCUUUGUUGCAGUCUCUCUACUUGUGGAGCGCUCGAUCCACCGUUUAAGCACUUGGUUGCGGAAAACUAACCGAAAACCCUUGCUUGAAGCAGUGGAGAAAAUGAAAGAAGAGUUGAUGCUGCUUGGGUUUAUCUCUCUGCUUUUAACAGCCACCUCAAGCUUGAUAGCCAACAUUUGCAUUCCUUCAAAGUUUUAUAAUAGUGCUUUUGCCCCAUGUACAAGGUCUGAGAUUGAUGAAGAAAAUGAGAAUAAUUCAUCCCAUGAGCGUAAACUAUUAAUGUCUUCAGUUCAUACAUUUAGGAGAAUGCUGAAUGGCUUAGAUCGGAAUACCUGCAAAAAGGGUCACGAGCCCUUUGUUUCCUAUGAAGGUCUUGAGCAGUUGCAUCGGUUCAUUUUUGUUAUGGCAGUAACACAUAUAUCCUACAGUUGCUUAACGAUGUUGCUGGCAAUUGUUAAGAUUCACAGUUGGAGAGAAUGGGAGGAGGAGGCUCAUAUGGAACGACAUGAUUCGUUAACUGAGAUGACAAGACAGUUGACAAUGCGGAGACAAGUAACCUUCGUAAAAGCCCAAUCAUCAAAUCCUGUGGUAAAAAAUAGUUUUCUCGUCUGGGUGACAUGUUUCUUCCGCCAAUUUGGGCAUUCAGUAGUUCGUGCGGAUUACUUGACAUUGCGCAAUGGUUUCAUAAUGAAUCACAACCUUACACUAAAAUACGAUUUUCACAGCUAUAUGAUUCGUUCCAUGGAAGAAGAGUUCCAAAGGAUAGUGGGCGUGAGUGGUCUUCUAUGGGGAUUUGUUGUUGCUUUCAUGCUGUUUAAUAUAAAAGGUUCUAACCUCUAUUUCUGGAUUGCAAUCAUUCCAAUUUCACUAGUUCUUUUGAUUGGCACGAAGCUGCAGCAUAUUAUUGCGACCCUGGCACUAGAGAAUGCUGGUUUAAGAGUUCAUGGAGAAAGGAUGAGGCCAAGGGAUGACCUUUUCUGGUUUAAGAAGCCAGAACUUCUGUUAUCACUGAUCCAUUUUGUUCUAUUCCAGAACGCAUUUGAACUGGCUUCGUUUUUUUGGUUUUGGUGGCAAUUUGGUUACGAUUCUUGCUUCAUUCAGAAUCAUUUGCUUGUGUAUUUAAGACUGAUUUUGGGGUUUGCUGGGCAGUUUCUCUGCAGUUACAGUACCUUGCCACUGUAUGCAUUGGUAACUCAGAUGGGAACAAAUUAUAAGGCGGCUCUUAUUCCACACAGAAUAAGGGAGACAAUUCACGGGUGGAAAAAGGCAGCUAGGAGGAAAAGAAGGCUUGGAAUGUUCAAUGAUGAUUCGACCAUACACACAGAUGCAAGCACAGUAAUCUCAGUCGAGGAGGAGUACGAUAAUCAUUAUCUUGAUAACCCGGAAUCUGUAACAACUAUACAUAAUGGAAUAGAAAUGCAACCAACUCCUAUUAUUCCAAUCACUGAGGUGAGUGCUAAUGAAACAUCAAGUAGGUUAGGUUCGCCUCUUCUUCGACCAAGUAUUUCAGUACCUGCAUCUGCUACACUGGAUCUUGAGGGCAAUAGAACUUCAAGAUGUGUUUCAAUGCCGAUCAGAAGAGAAUGAUUGUCCACAAAUUGACAGUGAUGAUGACGACAAAGAAGCAUGAGAAUUUUACUAUGAUGAUAAUUUAGUAGCAAAUCAACUAUAUUGAGUAUUAGGAAAGGAAGAUGUAUCUAAGAGUGGUUUCAAGUAAGUGUGUGAAAUUUGUAACUGUCACUUUUGUGCUUUCUAAUAUUAGCAUGAAGGAUACAAGUGAAUAGAAUAAUACUCUCUAGGCAUGUAAGUUUAGCAUACUUUGCUAGCAUUACUGUAAUGAACAUUUCUGAAAUAGAAUGGCUGAAUUUUUGAAACGUAAAA